AUGGCUGUAGCACGCCCAAUUCGAGUCCUAGGCUUACUAGCCAUAGGAUUAUGGAUGUUUUUCUUAUAUCAAGUUUUUGGUCCACCAAAACCAGACCUUGGGCCUGGAGAUACACUUGCCAAUAUAGAAAGAGAUCCUAACCUAGAUCCUACUGGAGAACCAGAAGGUGUGUUAUGGAGAGCCGAUCAGGGCUAUGGACUAGGCGCCGAGGGAACGAGUCGAAUCAAUGCUACUCUUUUAUCUCUGGUUCGCAACGAAGAGGUUGAUGGUAUGGUUCAGGCUAUGCGAGACUUGGAAAGAACAUGGAACCACAAGUUCAAUUACCCGUGGACAUUUUUCAAUGACGUACCAUUUUCAGAGGAGUUUAAACGUCGAACUUCUGCAGAAACGAAGGCAGAAUGCAGAUAUGAAGAGAUUCCCAAAGAGCAUUGGGAAAUGCCCUCAUGGAUCGAUCCAGAGCUUUUCGAAGAAUCGGCAAAGAUACUGAAGGAGAAUGACAUUCAAUAUGCCAGCAUGGCAUCUUACCACCAAAUGUGUCGAUGGAAUAGUGGUUUAUUCUACAAGCAUCCAGCCAUGGCAGAUAUGCAGUUUUACUGGCGUGUCGAGCCAAAGGUCCAUUUUUUCUGCGAUGUAGACUAUGAUGUGUUCAGGUAUAUGCAAGAUCAAAACAAAACUUACGGAUUCACCAUCAAUCUUUACGAUGCGCCUCAAUCAAUUCCAUCCCUAUGGCCCGAAACCACAAAAUUCUUGGCCGCACAUCCAGAGUACAUACACGAGAAUAAUGCAAUGAAUUGGGUUACAGAUAGUGCGCGCAGACCAGAACAUAAUCGGAAUGCAAAUGGCUACUCUACAUGCCAUUUCUGGAGUAAUUUCGAGAUUGCCAACAUGGAUUUCUGGCGCAGUCAAGCAUAUGAGGAUUACUUCAACCAUUUGGAUCGUGCUGGAGGUUUCUUCUAUGAGCGAUGGGGAGAUGCGCCAGUUCAUAGUAUUGCCUUGGCACUUUUUGAAGAUUCGAGCAAAAUUCAUUGGUUCCGUGAUAUCGGUUACCAGCACAUCCCUUACUUCAAUUGCCCUAAUUCGCCAAAAUGCAAAGGUUGCCAGGCGGGACGAUUCACAGACGGAGAAGCUUGGCUACACAAGGAGGAUUGUAGGGCAAACUGGUUCAAAUAUGUCGCAAAUGCUGCCGAGGUUUCUCCCUCUCCAUACGUCUCAAUCAAAUUAAGAGAUUGGGCGAAACCUCUUCGAAAUGAGUCGCUCGUCGACAAGAUGUCGAACUUUGAGGACAUAAUCAGAGAAGCUUGCAGUAGCAGAGACAUUGCAGGUGCAGUGCUGGUAGGGGGAGAUAGCUCUGGGAAAUUCUAUUAUGCCAAAGCCUUUGGAUCUCAGUCUCUUAAAGAUCCCUCGGAGCCUAUGAAAUUGGACAGUGCCAUGUGGUUUGCUUCCUGCACAAAACUUUUCACAACCAUCGCGGCAUUACAGUGUGUUGAGCGAGGGCUUUUGGAUCUCGACGGUGAUAUAUCAGAGAUCUUACCAGAGUUCAAGGGUGUACAAAUUUUGACAGGUUUUGAUGAAGAAAGCGGGAAGCCAAUCUUAAUAGACAACCAUAAACCUAUAACGCUUCGACAUCUUUUAACCCACUCAUCUGGACUUGCAUACGAUUAUUUCGAAUAUAUCAAUAAAGGCUUGCCUAUGCCCACAGACGGGGAAUUCUUAGUCAAAGAACGCUUUAAAUUCCCACUCCUAUUUGCCCCUGGUGAGUCAUGGACCUAUGGAGUUAGUAUUGAUUGGGCUGGCCAGAUGGUAGAAAGAGUCAAUGGCAACAUCUCCUUGGAAAUAUACUUCAGAAAGAACAUAUGGGGGCCUCUUGGUAUGGACAACAUGACCUUUCACCCGACUCAACACCCAGAGAUUUUCUCAAGAUUAAUCGCAAUGAGUAAACGAGAAGGAGGUGUCACUCAGUAUGGAACAACGGACGAUCCCACGAGUAAAGCCAAAUAUACCAGUCAAGUACCAUUUGAUCCAGCUACUAAAGACUGUCAAGGAGGCGCUGGGACAUUCGGAAGUCCCGUUGAUUAUUUCAAGUGUUUACAAAGCAUUUGUGCCAAUGAUGGGAAAUUACUAAAAUCGGAAACUGUUGAUGAGAUGUUCAAGCCGCAGCUGAGUGAAGCCUCAAGAAAAGGCUUGAUGAAGAGGCUUUCUAUCCCAGAAGUUAACGAAUGUUUGGGUGCAUUUCCCAAGGGGUUGAAAGCGGAUUGGGGCCUCGGAGGUAUGAUUAAUUUGGAAAAUAUCGGUGGUAGAAGCAAAGGCUCGAUCGCCUGGGGAGGAUAUCCAAACCUUCAGUGGUGGAUCAAUCGUAAAGAUGGAAUAUGCGGUAUAUGGGGCUCGCAGUUAAUUCCGCCUGGAGAUCCAAAGACAAAUCGAUUGUUUACUGCUUUUGAGGACGAAAUACAUAGGAAGGCCGGUGUUUCUCGGGAGAAGUUGUGA